AUGUCCGACCUCAACACCCUUGUCCCGGAGCUACAGAACGCUCUUGAGCGCAAACAGCUCGACGCCGCCAACGGUCUUCUCAGCAAAGCCAAGCGCGCCCUUCUCACCCAAAAUGCCUUGAUCCCGACUCCCUCCACAACCCCUCAGCUUGUCGUCGUCGCCCGGCAGGUACUUGAGCUUGGCGCCCUCGUCUCGAUCCGACAAACUGAUGCCCAGACUUUCACACGAUAUUACCAACAGCUGCAGCCUUUCUACGACCUCGAGCGUCACGUCGGUGGGCCUGAACAACCAUCAUCUCAAGUCGAUUUCAGCACAAGCCAGCGCAGCAAGAUCACAGGAUUGUACUUGUUGCUCCUGUUGAGCAGUGGUGACAGUGCCAACUUCCACACUGUGUUGGAGGGACUGGUGGAAGAGGCUAGCUUGAAGGGUGGCCGCAUUGAAGAUGAUACUUACAUCAAGUACCCCGUCGAGCUUGAGCGGAACUUGAUGGAGGGUAGCUAUGAUAAGGUGUGGCGGGAGACGAAGUCCGAGCGCGUGCCAGAUGAAGAUUUCGGCCUGUUCUCUAAUGUUCUUAUCGGCACUAUUCGCAGCGAGAUUGCAGACUGCUCGGAGAAGGCCUACCCCUCCCUCCCUAUCUCCAACGCCAAGAACCUUCUGUUCCUCGAGUCGGAGGGCGCAGUCAUCGAGUUUGCUCAGCAGCGUGGAUGGAUUCUUCGCGACGGACGGAUAUACUUCCCUGUUGAGCCCGAGACGGCAACUAGGUCCGAGAAGGACAUCCUGGUGGCCAGUGGCACCGUGAUCGAGAAUACACUAGGCUACGCUCGGGAGUUGGAGACAAUUGUUUAA